AUGCUUAGUCACUGUUGUUUCUGUAUCAAUCUCAAAACUGCAACUUUAUUAUUAGCCGUCUUGGGCACCAUUAGUCAUCUUUAUGGUGCUUUAACCUUGACUGCAUUAUCGGAUGAAUUCGAAGAUACUGAUAUGGGUGCAGUCUUUGGUUUGACUGCUUACUCCUAUCUCUCUGGAUUUGCUUGUUUAGCAGGUGCUAUUGGUGUUAUUAAAAAUAACGUUAAACAUCUUAAAUUCUUCUCCAUUUAUUAUUGGGCAGACCUUGUGUUACAUACUUUCUUUUCGGUAGCCAGUGCCGUCUUACUCUUCAGUCUUGAUCGUGAAAUUUGCAAGGAAAUUGUGAGUGAAGUCAAGGAUGAUGAAUUAGACAUGAAUACAUGUGAAUCUAUUUAUAUUUCAAGCGCAUGGAUUGUUACAUUAGCUAUGGCUAUUAAUAUGCUCCUGAAGCUUCAUUUUGCCUUCGCUAUUCAUUCUUACACUCAUCGUGUCCAACAAGAGACAAGCAUGGAUACUAUUGAAGAACGUGUCAUCGUUGCACCUUAUCCCGCUGCCCAAAUCUCCAAAGAACAACCUAUCUUUGUUGCAGGUCAAGAAUUUAUUUCUGAUGAAAAGAAGCAACAACAGUAG